AUGACCGCUGUUACCCAAUCUCAAGUAGAUCAUUUGAUUACUGAAUUAGUACCGCAUGUGGACACAGAAGCACAUGAAGAAGAACUAGGCUUAAAAGUGUAUGAAUGCUUUCUAAAGGCUAAACCAGAAUAUAUUUGUAAAUUUUCAAGACUUCAAGGACUUGAUGUUAGUAAUUUUGCACAAUCAGAAGGGCUCAAGUACUACGCAAGAACUUUGGUUGCGGCUCUUGUGCCGAUAAUUAAAGCUGCAGCAAAUAAGUGUGAAUUAGAUAAACUUUGCAUGGAUGAAGCUAAUAUGCACAGAAAUCGUCAAGUUAACGAACAAAUAUUUCUAGAUUCACUGCCAAUAUUCAUUGAAUUUUUCAACAAUUUCAUCAAUGAUGAACAAAAUAAAGAAACAAUGAGUAAAAUAUUGACUUACGUCUUCAAAACAAUCGGUUCUCAAAUUUAACAAGAAAAAACAAAACAAAACAAAAACUAAAUAAAAUACGUGACGUAAAUUUUUGUGCACAAACUAACCCCUUUUUAUUUCUUUUAAUUAAGUUAAUAAUUUAUAUUGUAAAGUUGACAAAUUACCAAUAAAUAUGAUUUUAUAAUUA